GCUUUUUCAUGAAAGCCUUUUAAAAAGGGGGCUCCUCUUCGCCUCCCCUGAGCCGAGUCGCCCCGCUGCGGUGAGGAUUUCCCGAGAAGAUGGGGAGAAAAAAGAUCCAGAUCCAGCGGAUCACGGACGAGCGCAACCGGCAGGUGACCUUCACCAAGCGCAAAUUCGGCUUGAUGAAGAAAGCCUACGAGCUGAGCGUCCUGUGCGACUGCGAGAUCGCCUUGAUCAUCUUCAACCACUCCAACAAGCUGUUCCAGUACGCCAGCACCGACAUGGACAAGGUGCUGCUCAAGUACACCGAGUACAACGAGCCCCACGAGAGCCGGACCAACGCGGACAUCAUCGAGACGUUAAGAAAGAAAGGUUUUAACGGCUGUGACAGCCCGGAGCCCGACGGAGAUGACUCGAUAGACCAGAGCCCCUUGAUGGAGGAUAAAUACCGUAAAGGCAGCGAGGAUCUGGAUAUCCUGUUCAAGCGAUACGGUUCCGCAGUGCCCGCGCCGAACUUCGCCAUGCCGGUGACGGUUCCCGUGACCAACCAGAGCACGCUGCAGUUCAGCAACCCGGGGAGCUCGCUGGUCACCCAGUCCCUCGUCACCUCGUCGCUCACCGACCCCCGGCUCCUCUCGCCGCAGCAGCCGGCGCUGCAGAGGAACACCGUGUCCCCGGGGCUGCCGCAGCGGCCGGCCAGCGCAGGGGCGAUGCUCGGCGGAGACCUGAACACCACGAACGGAGCCUGCCCGAGCCCCGUGGGCAACGGCUACGUGAGCGCCCGCGCCUCGCCGGGUCUCCUCCCCGUCUCCAACGGCAGCACCUUGGGCAAAAUCAUCCCGGCCAAGUCCCCGCCGCCGCCGCCGCCCUCGCACGGCGCCCAGCUGGCCGCCAACAGCCGCAAGCCGGACCUGCGCGUGAUCACCUCGCAGAGCGGCAAGGGGCUCAUGCACCAUUUGACGGAGGACCACUUGGCUCUGCAGAACACGCAGCGGUUAGGUGUCUCCCAGGCGACCCACUCUUUAACCACGCCGGUGGUUUCGGUGGCCACCCCGAGCCUGCUGACGCAGGGGCUGCCUUUCUCGGCCAUGCCCACCGCCUACAACACAGAUUAUCAGCUGACGAGCGCUGAGUUGUCCUCGCUGCCCGCGUUCAGCUCACCCGGGGGCUUGUCCCUUGGCAACAUCUCUGCCUGGCAGCAGCAGCAGCAGCAGCAGCAGCAACAGCAGCAGCAGCAGCAGCAACAGCAGCAGCAGCAGCAACAACAGCAGCAGCAACAGCAGCAGCAGCAGCAGCAGCAGCAGCAGCAGCAGCAGCAGCACCUCGUUCCCGUCUCGCUAGGGAACUUAAUACAAGGGAGCCACUUGUCUCACACCACCACUUUGACUGUCAACACCAACCCCAACAUCAGCAUCAAGUCGGAGCCCGUCUCGCCCAACCGGGAACGAAACACUGCCACCCCGCUCAGCACCUUCCCCCACCAGCCCCGGCACGAGCCCACCGGCCGCUCGCCCGUCGACAGCCUCAGCAGCAACACCAGCUCCUACGAGGGCAGCGAGCGGGACGAUCCCGCCCGCGCCGAUUUCGGCUCCUCCCUGGGGCUCCUGCGCCCCAGCAGCGAGCCCGAGGGGGAGAGCCCCUCGGUGAAGCGCAUGCGGUUGGAUACCUGGGUCACAUAACGGGGUCCCCGCCGUCCCUUUUUUUUUGGGGGGGGGGGGGGGGGGGGAGGAGGGGAGGCUCCGCCGGCUCGCAGCGGGGAAGGGGAGGGUGUGUGUGUGGGGGGGAGGGCUACGGGGUGAAGCGGGUUAGGGGUUGGGGUGGGGUUGGGGAGAUUAUCAUAAACUGCCUGAGAAAUAGCUUUAGGAUUUUGUAGGCAUUCAUUCUAGCACAGCGGGCGGCGCGCGCGGCGAGGCCGGCUGGGGGCGGCGAGGAUGGGGAUGGAGGCGGGGGGGGGGGGGGGGGGGGGCGGCGAAAAUCGGAUGGCUGCGUCCGUGCCGGAAGGAGCGGUCCCCGGCGGGGCUCAUCCCUGCGGGGACAGCGGGGACGAGGGGUCCCGGGGUUGGGACAUCCCCGGAGCAGAGCUUCUGCGGGGGGCGAGGGGCGAUGGGGCGCGUGCUGGCAGGCGCUGAGCAUCCCCGGAACGCCUCGUGCUGCCCCGAGAGCCCGGGGCAGGGAGAGGAGGCUCGGCCGUGUGAAAUCGGGCUGAAAUCCUCCCAAAAAGAGGCUGCCCGAGGGCCACGUCCUCCGCUGGUCCCCAGGUAGCGGCGGGCAGGAGCGGGGUUCCUGCCGGGAUGGAGCGCAGCGCGCGCGUCCUUCGCCACGGGAAAGUGUCGGGGGCACGAGAGGCAGAUUUUUUAAGGCUUAAUCCUGACUUUUGGGUUGAAACUUAGCUACAGAGAGCAUCUUUUCCUGCAGAUAAGGGAACUGUGUCUGGCCGCAGUCACGUUAAACCUGCCCUGACCUCUCCUGGCCGCGUCCUGCGGGGUGCAGGUGGAGCCCGGCCGUGGUGGCGCUGGUUUUGAAGAAAUUGCGGUUUUUACCAAACAAAAGGCGCAAAUGCAUUUCAAAUGCAUUCCCAUCCCACGUGGGUCAAAGCUUUAAAUUAGAGGAAUAGGAGCAAAUAGCGUUUAUUUAGGGAUGCAGCUGAAAUAACGCCCUUGGGAUUUCGCCCGAAGGCCUCGGAAGACGGGGAUGAGCCACGCGGAAAAUCUGCUGCAGCCUCAGCCGCGUGAUCCAGGGGCAGGAAAAAGGGCACGAGGGAGACGGGGGAAGUUGUGGUGCUGCCGGCUGCUCCGGCGGGUCCCCUGGGUGCCGCAGCCUUUCGGGCUUUCCCCUGCAGGCUCUCUGCUCUGGGAUGCCGUCCCCAUCCCCGUCCCCGUCCCUGUUCCCGGCGGGGGAUGACCUUGGGGACAUCCCUCACGCCGGCAGCGCUCCCCCUCCGCUGAAGGUCGCGGUUGCAAAACGGCACAAAACCUGCCCAAACGCCUCCCCGCCAGCAGCAGCUGGUGGCAGAGGCUGCCCUGGGGCCUGCGUUGUGGGGAGAGGAGCGAAAAUUCCCGGUGGGAUUCACCCCCCCACCCCGGCUUCUUGCUUCUCCCAGAGACCUCCGCAGAGCGUGGGGUUUCCAGCCCAGCCUGCUGAAACGGGGAGUGUUGCGUGAAAACGUGCUUGGGUGAUGUCAAAGGAGAAGCCAAUUGGUGUUUUUCUAAAGUUUUUCCACCCCUUUUUUUUUUUUUUUUUCCCCCAAUGUGAUUUCCCCUAAGUGUCUUAAUUGGAAAAAGCAACAGAAAAAAAGUAAACGGUUGUGAUGGAAUGAACGUGGGCAACUUAAAGCGAGUAGUUUGAGGCGAGGAGACAGAACGUCCUCCAGAAAUCAGGUGGAAAGAAACGGCUAGGAGAAACGAUGGCCGGGGAGGGAAGCACGGGGUGCUCCUCCUGUCCCUGCACGAGCCGCCAGCUGGAAGAAGCAUCACGAAGACUUCCCCAGCCAGGCCCCGCCGCUUCUCACCCCAAAAUCCCCGCGCAGGGCAAUGCCACGCGCCACCGGCUCACCCAGGGACGUGCCGGGCGGAGAUUUCCUAACGAAAAGCUUUGAAAUAUCAAACCGUUCCCACAUUUUUUUUUUUUCUUUUUGAUGAAAAAUUCUCGCUUUCCUCUCCCGAUCCAGCACGGCGCUCCCGAGGGACUCGGGCGGGCGAUGGGAGCCCCCGCAGGCUCCCGGCAGGUUUUGUGCGGUUCUGCUGCAGCACCUCUCUCCCCGCGCCCCAAGCCUUGCCCAGCGCUUACUGGGGCGUACUGGGAGGCUUCGUGUCGCGAGCGGGGCGGGGGGGCGGACGUGCCUCUGUCCGUCCGUCUGUCCAGGAGGCAGGAGCCCCCCCCGCGCGCUCCCCACCGCUUUCCGUCACCGUCCGGCUCUGCCCCGCGGAGCCGCACCGCAGCUCUUUGCACGGCCUUGCUUUGGAAAUUAGGCGGGAUUGACGACGACGUCUCAUCGGUAUCAUUUUGUUUUCUUUCCUUCUUCACCGUCCUGCGAGGAAAACCAAACCACAACCAAACGUUUUCCGCCCCGCCGGGGGGGGGAGCGGGAGGGCGGCGGCGACGCUCCCCCGGGGGGAGGCGAGGAGCGCCGGGCACCCUGCGGCGCCGAGCAGCGGCACGCGGCCGUGCGGGGGGCAACGAAACAUUUCCGCUCAUGGACUUCACGCCCCGACUCCCGCGCUCACACCUCUACCUUGAAGCUGAGAGCCUGGAAAAAGAGGAAAAAAACAAACAAACAAA